UUUUGUUUUUUUUUGUUUUGUUUUGUUUUUAGUUAGGUAGCCCUCGAGAGUAAGUCUUAUUUUUUGUUCUCUUUUCCUGCUGUGCCUCACCCCAGACAUUCUGGGUCGUUUCUUCGCCUUCCUCAUCCCGCUGAGCUCUGGCAGGGGGAAGGGAUAAAAGUUUUUUUUAUUUUUUUUUUUCCUUCAUCAUCUCGUUAUUGCGAGGGUUUCUCGCCGGUUGUUUCCAGACGCUCUGCCACGCGCUGUACACGUGUACAGUCAGUACACCGUCCCUGGCCUGUGUAAGGCGCAACACCUGGAGCGUCAGCAGCGGGACUGUCUUCCCCCGUGAGUCUACUGGAAGACAUCGACAAACCAGGUGUCACCAUGGCUUAUUUAGCUGGAAUGUCAGCCGGGGACGCAGCCUUCGCUGCUGGAGAUCCUCACACUGCCAUCGCUCUGUACACCCAAGAGCUGGCGGACUGGAGCAAUGGCAAUAAAGCUGACGGGCUCGCAGACACUUACAGAAAGCGAGCUCAGUGCUACUAUCAACUACACGACUACAAGGCCUCACUACGAGACACUGCCCUCUCUCUCGCUCGGGAAAAAAGCAGCGUCCCCACUUUGGUUCUGAAGGCCCAGGGUCUGGUGGCCUGCAAGCGCUUUCAUGAAGCUUACGGCGUCUUCAGGCAGGCCCUGGACCUGGAACCUAACAACCAGCUCAUCGCCAAAGGAUUACAACAGAUGAGGAAGGAGAUAGAAGUCGAGAAUCAUUCUUCCCAGCGGGAAGACAACACCUCCGGAUUGACUGAUGUCACCAGCCUCCAUCCCAUAACUCCCUUGCCUGGAGACCGGUCCCUGAAGCUUGCAGAACAGGAGCUGAUGACCAGUUGGGAGCUGGACCAGCCAGACAUCACAAAGCGUGUCGGUUGUGACCAAGACGCGGCUGAGGGAGUGUCACAGGAUCGUAGCAAAAUACACGCGGGUGGAGGAAAGGUGGAGGGGUGGAUGCAGAGGGCUGCUGUCCUCUCCGCCAAGGGUGACCUGCGAGAUGCGUUCAGAUGCUGCGUGGCUGUCGAUGAAGCGGAUCGCACAUUGGACAUUUGGAAAAUGGGAGGUGAGUGUCAACUUUCUGUGCCGUUGAGGCUUCACGUGCAUGAACAUGCGGCAUACAUGUAAUCCAUAAACCUAGUCUUCACCUUUAGUGUCUUCAUCAUUGACAUCGUCGUCAACACAUCGUCGUAACCUGAUAGCUGGAGGAAGAAAGAUUCAUUCGCUGCAUUGGAAUUAAUUGACAAUUAUCUGCAGUUUACCAACGAAAACAAGGGACAUAACCUUUCAGAUUUUAGUCUAGGCUUGUGGAGUAGUUACUUCCCUUGCCAGGGUCUGCCUACAUAUACUUCUAACCCUGCGCUGGAGUAGUGAUAUCUCGUAGGUCUGAAUAAAGAGAACGAAAAUUUGUGAAAGAAAUAUCUUGCACUGAAUUUUGCCCAGUCAUUACAAGGAAACUUUGCACCCUUUAGUCAUUUAAGAGUCUUCUUAACCAGACAUAUUGUUGAAAACUUGUCACAGACUGCACGUGGUGUGGCUGACUAAGAAUGACACUAGGCAUCUAUUUGUCAAUCGCCAAACACAUUGUAACCUUUGUUCAUAAAAAUCGUUCCCGUCUUACCUUC